AUGAAAUUCCUGACAAGAAUUUUCAUUAGCAAAACACAAAGAUUGAAGAGGAUGUUAUCUCGUGGGUUACCUUUUUUAUGUAGAUCUGCAACUCAAAUUUCUCAAGUUGCUACUGGUUCAAAUAUCGUUAAGAAAAUACCUACUAAUCAUGAUGAGGCUCCUAAAGGAAUCGGUAAAACUGGAACACCAUUUCUUGAGACAAAAAGUUUAGCUGAAUAUGCCUUAGCUAGAGUAGAUGAUGUUAUAAAUAUGUGUCAAAGAACUUCUGUUUGGCCACUUACUUUUGGUUUGGCAUGUUGUGCUGUAGAAAUGAUGCAUAUGGCUGCACCAAGGUAUGAUAUGGACCGUUAUGGUGUUGUUUUUCGUGCUUCUCCUCGACAAUGCGACCUUAUUUUUGUUGCAGGAACAGUAACAAAUAAAAUGGCUCCAGCUUUACGUAGAAUUUAUGAUCAAAUGCCUGAACCUAAAUGGGUUAUAUCUAUGGGAUCAUGUGCUAAUGGUGGUGGUUAUUAUCAUUAUGCUUACUCUGUUCUUCGUGGUUGUGAUCGCGUCAUACCUGUUGAUAUUUAUGUACCUGGAUGUCCACCAACAGCUGAGUCUCUUCUUUAUGGUGUACUUCAACUACAAAAAAAGAUCAAACGUAAAAGGAAUGCACAACUUUGGUAUAGAAAAUAA